GGACAUGGCGGCCGCUUGGUGCCUUCGCUGGGGCGUGAGCCGAGCCGGAGCCUGGCUGCUCCCGCCGCCUGCGUGCUGUCCCCGCCGGACUCUGCACAAGCAGGUAGACGGCGCCGAGUUCCAGAGCAUCUACAGCCUGGACAAGCUCUACCCCGAAUCUAACGGGCCGGACACCGCCUGGAAGGUCCCGGAUGAUGCAAAGCAAGCCAACAACGACAUUCCUAUAGAUCGCUUGACAAUAUCUUACUGUCGGAGUAGUGGUCCUGGGGGGCAGAAUGUUAAUAAAGUGAAUUCCAAGGCUGAAGUCAGGUUCCAUUUGGCCACCGCCGACUGGAUUGCAGAACCCGUGCGGCAGAAGAUUGCCAUCACGCAUAAAAAUAAGAUCAACAGGGCAGGAGAGUUGAUACUCACCUCUGAAUGUAGCCGCUAUCAGUUCCGGAAUCUGGCCGCUUGCCUACAGAAAAUUCGAGACAUGAUCACUGAGGCCAGCCAGACCCCGAAAGUGCCAUCUAAAGAAGAUGCAGUGCUUCGGAGGAUCAGGACAGAAAACAUGAAUCGGGAAAGGCUGCGACAAAAAAGAAUAAAUUCUGCCAUCAAGACAAGCCGAAGGGUAGACAUGGACUGAGAUUACCCCUGCAGCCGGCAAAGACCACUCUGCAAGGUGUCCGGGCAGCUGCAGCUAAGAGUCCUUUAAUACCGUAAAGAGAUUUCUUUCUUUUUUGUUAAUAGUUGUCUAUAAUAUUAGAGCCACCACGAGAAUGUUCAUUUGGAAUGAAGUUGCAGGCAAUGGUUGUUUAGGUCUUUGUUGACAAUCAUCAUGUUGUCAAACCUUAAUUAUCCAUUUAAUGUAUUAGCUGCAAUAAACUUUUAAACUUU